AUGGCUGCUGUGAAAAAGAGUCCCACAGCAGCUCUCAGACCUGUUCAUCCAGCUCAUGUUUCCUCAGGCAGGAUGAAGUCCAUUACAGAGACUCUCUUCAACCCCCUCAGGCUCAGGGCCGCUCCCUGCCGACGGGCCCUAACCACCAUCCUGCCUUAUCUCUGGGAUGUUUACUCUGCACCUACACCAGCUGGCAAAGACAUCCUGACUCUGCUCUCUCUGUGUCUCCUGAUCGCCAUGGUGACGGGCGGCCUGCUUCACCAUUGGCUGUCAAAGACUCUGAGAUACGACCACGCGGCCUCCAUUGCGACUGCCUGUGUCUACAGUGUGGCCGUCUUCUUGUUCUCGUUCCUCUGUCACCCUCUGCGCUGCGUGCUGACCAUGAUCCUGCCGACCGUCUGCAGCAAAAAGGGACGCCAGCUGAUCAUCUCAGCCUCUGUCAUGAUCGUAGUGUUGAACGUCAUCCCUAAUAUUUCCCUGAACGUGGGAGCAGUGAUGCACAUUCUGAAAUGCACCUCUGAGGGCUUUGCGAGGACUUUGUUGAACUCCUCUGAUCCUCUGAACAGGGCUAAACGAGACCUCGUAGAAGAAACCAUCAAAGCGAACCAGGAAGACUUGAGCAUAGUCACUAAUUUGAGGAAGCUAGAACAAUUUACCCAUAUCGAUGUGUCAGAGGUCAAAAGAAGAUUUAGUAAUCUGAGUGGGCAGAUAGAGAUGAACUUACACGCCAGGGACCUGCUGAAGGAGUACAAGCUGCUGUCGAACCGGAUCCUCGCUACCAUUUUUGUGAUUUUACUCAUUGUUGAAUCAGGGCGCUACUUGAAAUCUUACCUGACAUCCGUUCAAUUUGACAAUUCAUACCUCGUUAAAGAGCUAUUGCAAAAAGAAGCUGAUGGGAAGCAAAUAUCUGCUGAAAAAAUUAUGAAUUCCAUAAGCUGUAACAUAACAAAGCAGGAGUGUGCCUCCUGUUUCAUAUCAUUAAUUGUGGUAACGUUAUAUUUCACUGCAAUAACUUUCAUAGUUGCUUUAGAUUACAUUGUGUAUUAUCUAGUCCAGGAAAGCACGCCAUGGCUGCUUGAUGUUCCCACCACCACUGCCAUCUUAAGUUUAAAUUUUAAGGUUUACUGGUUCCUGCCUGUGUCUUGUAUCAUCCCGCGGUUGUGUGCCAAACAGGAGCUCACAAACUUCCACAGGGACUAUAAGUGGACCUUUGGCCCCCAGUCGUCACGCUGUGAAGUGACAACCUCAGCUCCGAACCUGGCAGUGACAGUCCUGCUGGGAUCCCUGUGGCUGAUGAGCUACUCUUUGGUGUUUCUGGAGGUUUACGCCAGACGCAUGCGCAGGAAAGUGUCUGCAUCGUUUUUCAAAAGCCAGGAGGAGAAGAGAAUUGCUUUCUUGUUGAGGAAAAUACAAGCCAAGCAUAGCAGAAACAAACCAGAGACGUUCUCUGUCCAUGUUUCCGCCAGUCGGUGA